AUGUUGAAUGUAAGUGAUAACAAAAAGCUACAGUAAUCCUCCUACAGUAAUCCGUCCUCAUUUUUCAGCGUAACCGUCAUGUUAAUAAAAAUCAACAGAAAGAGCUGCGUGGCAAAUCGGCUCCACCAUACUUGGACUCCCGAAUUUGCUUGGGAAAAUACAAAGUGUUUCAAAUCGAUAAAAUGAUUGCUGGCGGAGGAUUCGGGCAAAUUUAUCGCGCAACAAAUUUGGAUAACAAUGAAGAGGUUGCGGUGAAAGUGGAGAAAUCGGUUGGAAAUGAUGCGCAAAGAAUUAUUCUUGAAUCGAAAGUUUUGGAAGAAAUGUUAGGCGUGCCACAUUUUCCACGAAUGUUUUAUGUUGGACCGUAUAAAGGGUUCAAUUUUAUUGUGAUGCAGAUGUUGGGAUUGAACUUGGGCGAUAUUCGAAAAGCAUUGCCAACUCGUAAAAUAUCGAUUCAUUCGGCGGUUCGUUUGGGAAUUCAGAUUGUUGAAGGAUUGGAAUUACUUCACUCAAAAGGAUGGAUUCAUCGGGAUUUGAAACCAACAAAUUGUUGUGUUGGAUUGGAUGAUAAACGGAAACAGGUAUUUAUUGUUGACUUUGGUAAGUAGGAAAAACAAAAAAAAUUGUAACACUCACUUUAACACGAAACGGAUCUUCACUCCGUCCCGCAACGCCGUGAGCAUUUUCAUAUUGCACUACAAGAUAGUGAAUUGCAUGAAAUCAACAAUUCACGCGAAAUAAGCGUGCGUUGCGGGCAGCGGGAAUCGAACCCACGCCGCAGACUAAAACGGUGUGAGUGGAAGGCAAAGCAACACACCACUAUACUAAACAGCUAGUCGAGAGAAGCGGGGGUGAAAAUUGAAGAACAGUGUGAGAGGAGAGAUUUUUUUGUAGGCAUGUCUCGUCGCUUCAAAAACGAUGAUGGUUCGCAUCGCGACGCUCGAUUUUAUUGCGGAUUUCGUGGCACAACCAGAUAUUGUUCGUAUAAAAUGCAUGAUCGUCGCGAGCAGGGACCAGUCGAUGAUUUAUGGUGUUUGUAUUAUAGUUUGGCUGAAUUGAUUGAGGGACAAUUGCCGUGGCGGGAUGUUGAGAGUUUGGAGGAGUUGGCGCAAAUCAAAAAAGUUUGCAAACAUGAGAUGAUUUUUCCGUGAGUGAAGAAAAUUUGAAUUUCGCCUUCAAAAAUCCACGUGGCACAUUUAUUUCCAAAAUUUGGCGCAAAAUUUGAAUUUUUCUCAAAAUCAAAGCUUAUUAGGUGUCUUUCGAGCCCGAAUUUCAUGAAAAAUUUGAAUUUGUUGGAUUUGGCAUAAAAAAAUCCACGUGGCAUAAGUAUUGGUACAAAAUUCGAAUUUUUCUCAAAAUCAAAGCUUAUGAGGUGUCUUUCGAGCCCGAAUUUCAUGAAAAAUUUGAAUUUGUUGGAUUUGGCACCAUAAAAUCAACGUGGCAUGGCGAAAAAUUUGAACUUUCCUGAAACCAAAGCUUAUUAGGUAUCUUUCGAGCCCAAAUUUCAUUGGUCUGAAAAACUUUGAAUUUUUAAAGGUUAAAUUUUGGCUUCAAAAAUCCACGUGGCACAAUUAUUUCCAAUUUUUGAAAAUUUCAAAUUAAUAUUCUGAGGUGCCACGUGGCAAUUUUUUUUUGAAAAAAAUUCCAACUUUGAAAAAGUGGUCCGAUUUUUUUCUCGAAAAAUCUAGCCUGGCUCGAUUCAGGUAAAAUUCAAGCCUAUUAAAAACUAGUGAGAUCUGAGAUUACUGUACCUACAGUAACCCCCAAUCUAAUUUUGUUCAGAUCCAUGCCAACCAAAUUUGCAAGCUUCGACAGAAAUUUGAGAAGAUUGAAACAAACUUCCACACCGGAUUAUCAGAAAUUUCAAACAAUUUUAGCUGUAAGAUCUAUCUAGCAAAUUAGAAAUCACUAAUUGAAAAAAACAAUUUUUUCAGAGUUGUGUGAAGUUUGUUGACACAAAUGCUGAAUUUGAGUGGGAUUCCUGA